GUGAAUUCUCAUACACUUAUCAAGACCACAGGACACACACACACAGAGAGGGACCUAAGCGAAGGAAACGGACUACUCAUCGAAGAGCGAGAAUUCGUAGAGUUUGGACAUUUAAUAUGGAAUGUAGAAAUGAAGAAAUAACGCAACAAAACUAAGACAUUUUUAUAGCAGUGGACCAGUAUCGGCUACACUUAAAAGCUUGAGCGGCGUGAGAGGGAGAGUUCGUCAUGCAGCACUAUGGAGUGAACGGGUACUCGCUCCACGCAAUGAAUUCCCUGAGCGCCAUGUACAACCUUCACCAGCAGGCGGCGCAGCAGGCCCAGCACGCACCCGACUACAGGCCGUCAGUGCAUGCGCUCACUCUAGCGGAGAGACUUGCUGACAUUAUCCUCGAGGCCCGGUAUGGCUCCCAGCACCGAAAGCAGCGGCGCAGUCGUACGGCAUUCACUGCCCAACAGCUAGAGGCCCUAGAGAAAACCUUCCAGAAGACCCACUACCCUGACGUGGUGAUGCGUGAGCGCCUGGCGAUGUGCACCAACCUGCCCGAGGCCCGUGUGCAGGUGUGGUUCAAGAACCGACGAGCCAAGUUCCGCAAGAAGCAACGCAGCCUGCAGAAGGAGCAGCUGCAGAAGCAGAAGGAGGCUACAAAUGACGGCUCCCAGGAGGAGGGCAAGACAGAGACGCCGGCGGCUACACCGGCGGUCCCCGAAGCCCGCGUCCCGUCUCCCCCCUCCUCUUCCUCCCUGUCUGACGCCGAGCGGCUGGCCGCGCAACCCCAGCCCGGGGAGAUGAGCGUGGAGGUGAACGUCACCUCCCCGGAGCCCUCGGACAGCGAGUCCGCCGUCGAGGACAACGGCGAGCGGGAGGAGGAGCUGAGGGAGGAGACCAGGCCGGACAUGAGGGAGGAGUCGCAGGCGGAGGCGGGGCACCAGCCAGGAAAUGGCUCCCCGUCCUGCAAACGCCUCAGCCCUACACCAGACUCUCCACUAGGCUCCCCCACCCUCCCUUCCUCCAGUGGCGUGAGCAGCAGUGGCCUGACCCAGAGUAACUCCUACGCCUCCUCCCCUCUCAGCCUCUUCCGCCUGCAGGAGCAGUUCCGCCAGCACAUGGCCGCCACCAACAACUUGGUCCACUACCCCUCCUUCGACAUGGGCACCCCAACACCCCCACUGCCCUACCUUGGCAUGAACGUCAACAUGCCGCCCCCCCUUGGCUCCCUCCCCUGCCAGUCUUACUACCAGUCCCUGACCCAGGCCCAGCAGGUGUGGAACAGCCCCUUGCUUCAGCCACCAGGCAGUUUGCCAGGCAGCCUCAACAGCAAGACUACAAGCAUUGAGAAUCUGCGGAUGAGGGCCAAGCAGCAUGCAGCCUCCCUGGGCCUGGACACGCUACCCAACUGAGUAGCGUAACACGCUACCCCCCCACCCCCCCCCCCCCACCCCCCGGACUGCUGGCCCAACCAGCAAGAAGUGACCCCCCCCUGCACCACAACUGACCUCAUAACUACAAGGACAUGAACUCAGCACUGGGACUCUAUGGACAUACUACAAUAUACUAUGAUAUGGAAAAUAAUUGAUGCUGUAACAGAUAUCAGCUUGGGAAUGUUGACUUUGAAUAGUUAUCAGAAUACUGUAAACAGGACACUGCACCCUCCUGGUUUAGAUGCAUAUGUCAACACAUGCUUUCCCACCGUCAUUUACCCGUGUUUGGUGGAUACCCCUCAGACCUGAAUAUCAUCAGAAAUAGCACUAGAGGCGACAAGCUUUGCAUGCAUCCUGAAAGAAGGAUUACAGCUGAACAAACAUGAAAACAAAAAGACAGGUGAAGGAUGACCCUGGCCACAUCAGUCACUUGCAGGUCCGAUUCGGUCUCAAGACCCACAAUGCACUAUAACGAUGCCUUGUUGCUUUGUAUCUUUGCUGUCCCACCUGCAAGAAUCCAUUCAGUGUUGUAAAUAUCCCCCUGUGUUUGUUCCCAUAUGCCUGGUUAGUGAGUGAAUCCAUGUCUCCUUUAAUGUUAAGGAUUUAGAAGGAAUCAACCUAUUUUCAAACUGUUACAUCGUGGCUUUAUGCAAAAGGACAGUGGAAUGUUCCAAUCCCUGUGGGGGGAAAAAGAGAAUUAAAGAAUAUUCCAUGGAACCCUGAUGAGCCUACAUGAAGAUGUUGAAAACAAACCUGGUUAUUGUUAUCUUCGCUUAGAAUCCAGACUCUUCUGACUCCUAUAUUGGCAUACCCAAAUCUUACCGAAACAACAGCAUAGGAGUUUGGUACAGCAUACAUAAAAAUGGCACCCUGGCUAAAGCAAAAUGUACUUCAUCAAUGUAGAUCCCAGACAUGUAUUUCUCAAUUGUUUACUUAAAUGUGAGUAAUUUAUCUGUUUAAAUGCAAGGGAAUAAACCACAAAUAUAAAGUAGACCGAAUGCUUUAUUUUAUAAUAUCAUAGAAUGAUUAUUGUAAUGCACGGGGGGGAAAUGCAGUGUCAGAUUCAAUAGCCAAUAGUUGGACAGCCUUACAAGUCUUGAAGAUCUCUGAGGGGCGAGGAUGAUCAGUGGUUUGCUACCAGGUGAACCGGAUCAGGUCAGAGGGCUGAUUGGCUCCUGAAUUGGGACAAAUCCAACCACACCCCUACUGUGUGAGAUCGCCACUACAGCAGCAAAUCUGGCCUACCGCAAGAACGGACACACACUCACCACACUCCAUAUUCAUAUUGUAUGUGCACACACACUCUUCCAGCCUCCUUAUUUAGGUUGAGAGGCAACUGUAGGAAUUAAAUUAAAUUAUAAUAUGUAAACUUUUGGUAAUUUAAUUACAACUAUUUAACUUUUUAUAAUACUCAAAUAACAGCAAGGCCAUCUUACGAAAGAAACAAUGUAAUGAUUAUUGUUAUCACAUUGUAUGCCAUGUAACAGUUGAGUCGACCCAUGCACAGACACGAACACAUACUCUCUCUCUCUCUCUCUCUCUCUCUCUCUCUCUCUCUCUCUCUCUCUCUCUCUCUCUCUCUCUCUCUCUCUCUCUCUAUCUCUAUCUCUCUCUCUCUCUCUCUCUAUCUCUCUCUCUCUCUCUCUCUCUCUCUCUCUCUCUCUCGCUCUCACACACACACACACACACACACACACACACACCACAAGCCCUGCCACUUGUUCACCCAAUGCAGAGUAACUAAUCCUAAAUGAAAUGACUGAAGAACAGUGUCAAGCUCUAAAGAGUCCCCAAUCCCCCUCCACUCCCCCUUUCCCCCUGUCAGCCAAGGUUUGGCUCCACCGAAACAGAAUGCUUUGCCAUAAGAAGAUUACCUUUGGUUGGGAUAUUGAUGGAUUAAGUAAGAAUAGAAUAAGAUGAAAUAGAACUGAAAGGGUUCCUAGAGUCAGCAAAUUUCAGACACCUGUUUUUAUCCCCUCUCUACCUCUAACUGUUCUCCACAACCCAGAAGAGCAGGAUCCUUAUCCUGCUUCAACUGGGAGAUUGCAACUUAGAACACGUAAUUAUAAUAACAACUUUCCUAAAAUGUAAAAA